CUCAUCGCCCGUAUGGGCUUACGUCUGCUGCGUUCGUGCUCCCAACUGAAACAGCUGCAAACGCAUCUCACACACACAUACACCAUCAAGAGCAGCGCGUAAUCAGUAGCUGGCUGGUGAAGAGGCUCACGUUGGCGUCGCCGCAAUCACUGCUUCUGCCUGCGCCCAGCAAGAUCACGCCCUUUUCGCCAUGCCGGCCACUCUGCCGCCUCGAAGCGGUGUGGCCGCGCGGCGUCGACCAAGCAGUCGUCAGACCGACAACGAGGAUGGCGAUGACUCGGCUAUGGGAAGCAGCAGGUCAAAGCGCCAAGUGCGAAAAUCUCAAAAAGUCAUGGAGAAUGAGGAACUAGAGAUGCGCUUAGGCGGUCCGUCUGCCCGCGGACGCCAUCGUCGUGUGAAGUAUCCGCCAAGCAUCCAGCACGACGCAAUGGACUCACACUCGGCCAAGCAUCAUUCCGCAGCUAGCAGCUCGCCUAGCCCUCUGAACGCAGCAGAGCGUGCUUCUUCAUCCGCUUCUGCCUCAUCUACCAGCUCUCUCUCUGCACCCACACCCGCCUCCCACACGGCUCCACUGUUGGAAUCCGUCGACUCUCCACCUGCCAGCCCUCGCAAAGCCCGAUCUGGCACUACCAAGACCUACAAGAGCAGAGUGGUGGUGGACUUGACCCGCACUCCACCGCUCACUGCGAACGCUCGCAACCAUCGAGUGCUGCGGCCCAGACUUCGAAACGAUACUAAAGCCCUAGAGGCGAGCAGCGAGGAGUCGAGCAGCGA